CGCGCUCCGCCCGCGUCCGCCGACCAGAUAGUGGCCGGGAGCGCGGGGUUCCGCUAGCGCUGAGUUCCGCGCGCCAGACCGAAGUGGCGGUGGAGGCGGGUGAGUCCCGGAGGGAAAUGCCACUCCCUUCCCCAGCUCGCCGAGGGCGGAGGGUAGAGACGGUGAGAGCUUCUGGUUCCUUCUUCUCCACCCGCGGGGGCCCUAGCUGCUGUGUGCAACAUGUUCAAUAUGAAGAUAUUAGUAAUUCCUUUGUUUUGGGGACUUGUCACUGGCUAUAAAGGGAACUCUUCCGAUAGCUCAGCACCUCGGUUACUUCUGGUAUCCUUUGACGGCUUUAGAGCUGACUACCUGAAGAGCUAUGACCUUCCUCACCUCCAGAACUUUAUCAAAGAAGGUGUCUUGGUGGAACAUGUUAAAAAUGUUUUUAUCACCAAAACUUUUCCAAACCACUACAGCAUUGUGACGGGCUUAUAUGAGGAAAGCCAUGGCAUCGUGGCCAACUCCAUGUAUGACAGUGUCACAAAGAAACAUUUUUCUGAAUCCAAUGAUAAGGAUCCGUUUUGGUGGAAUGGAGCGGAGCCUAUUUGGGUGACCAAUCAGCUUCAGGAAAACAGGUCAAGCGCUGCCGCUAUGUGGCCUGGCACUGAUGUGCCCAUUCACAAUAUCACAGCUUCCUAUUUUAUGAACUAUAGCAGCUCCGUGUCCUUUAAGGAAAGACUGGGUAACGUUACCACAUGGCUCAGCAGUUCCAACCCACCAGUCACCUUUGCAGCGCUCUAUUGGGAAGAACCAGAUGUAAGCGGCCACAAGUAUGGGCCUGAAGAUAAAGAAAACAUGCGCCGGGUAUUGAAAGAAGUAGAUGACCUUAUUGGUGAUAUUGUCCUAAAGCUCAAGGUGUUAGGACUAUGGGACAGCCUUAAUGUGAUCAUUACAAGCGAUCAUGGGAUGGCUCAGUGUUCUAAGAACAGACUGAUAGAUUUGGAUUCCUGCAUCGACCGUUCAAACUACAGUGUUAUAGACUUGACCCCUGUGGCUGCGAUUCUUCCCAAAAUAAAUGUAACAGAGGUUUAUGACAAACUGAAACGCUGUAACCCUCACAUGAAUGUUUAUCUCAAAGAAGCUAUCCCUAACAGAUUUUACUACCAACACAGCAGUCGAAUUCAGCCCAUUAUUUUGGUUGCUGAGGAAGGCUGGACAAUCACCCUGAACAAGUCAUCAUUUAAAUUAGGUGACCAUGGCUAUGAUAAUUCCCUGCCUAGUAUGCACCCGUUUCUUGCUGCCCACGGACCUGCCUUUAGAAAAGGUUACAGGCAGAGCACCAUCAACACUGUGGAUAUUUAUCCAAUGAUGUGCCACAUCCUGGGACUAAAACCACAUCCCAAUAAUGGAACCCUCAGUCAUACCAAGUGCUUGUUGGUGGACCAGUGGUGCAUUAAUCUCCCAGAAGCCAUUGGAAUUGUUGUUAGUGCACUAUUGGUAUUAACCAUGCUAACAGGCCUCAUGAUAUUCAUGCGGAGCAGAGCAUCCACAUCCCGUCCAUUCUCCCGUCUUCAGCUGCAGGAAGAUGACGAUGACCCUUUAAUUGAUUAAUUCACCAUGUCUUAUUAAUUUCAAAACUAAGGAUCCAUGCAAGGAGUGGUGUUACAGCCAUAAAAAAGGUAUAUUUCAAAAGACAAGACACACAUGGCAAAAUUACUCUGGGGUGUGUGUGUGUGUGUGUGUGUGUGUGUGUGUGUGCCCUGUUUUGGUGUGUUGCCUGAUGCAAAUAACCCUGAUGGUAUUUAAUUGCUGGUAAAUCAGUUCAAACCACUAAUGUCCCUAGCAAGACUAGCCUUUGAGAAAAAACAAAACAAAACAAAAAAACAAAACAAAACUUGAGUCCUUCUUCCUUCUUUCCUUCCUUCCUUCUUUCUUUCCUUCCUUCCUUCUUUCCAUUAUUCUUCCUUUCUUCUUUCUUUACUUUCAAUGAAAUAUAUCUUUAAGUGAAAAUAUACCAGAAUUUAAUAGGCAUGCUUUUCUAACAAGUUUAUAUAUUUGUAAAUGACACAAAACUAUUUAUGUAAUUUGUGCAUUUUGUGUACCCUAGAGAAAAAGUUGCAUAUAUUUUUAUAUUUGUCUUUAGUUAGUGUGUGUCCCAAGAAAACCCUUGAGAUAGGAAAUUCUGUGAUAGUUAAUAAAACCGAUUAGCCACAGGGCAUAACUGUAGCAUACAAAGAAACUGUUUUAAAUAAAGCUGCUAAAAACAAUCAAAACCCAAGGAAGACUAUGUGAUGUAGAGCCCGAGCUUAGUAAGACCCGUCAGCUGUUGACACCUCAGAAGCUGAGUCUGGGGCUGGGCACAGUGGUGCACACAAGUAGGAAAGAUGAGGCAGAGGCCUUGAGAUGGAGUCCAGCUUGGUUACAUAGCAAUACCUUGGGGUUUUGUUUGUUCAUCUGUUUGUUUUAGUUACAUUUUUGGAUACUAUUGUUUAUAAGAAGUUUCAAAGAGCAUAGAGAAAAAUUCUUCUCUGUUUGUGUUUAACGUCUCUGAGCAAGUUGUGUGUGCCAGUGUGUUUGUAUGAGUGAAUGUGCAGAGGUCAUGUGACAUGUGAAAGGGACAUGUGCCAGAACACAGCUGUCGAGGAAGGUUCGGCUCAAGGAAAGGCUACUUCUUGCAGACUUUAUGCGCAUACUUUUACCAACUCAUAACUUAAUAUCACUAUUAAAAAUACCAUAUUUUUGUUAUAAUUUUCAAUUCUCAUGUUUAUUGGAAGUGUUCAAUGCUGUAGGAAAAAAAAUAUGACGAGAGUAUAAAGCUGCAAGGUCAGGGUUUUGAACUUGACCUUUGUGGCUCUUGAAUGUGCCUUCUGUGCAGUCGAGUGGUCAGCCAUGUAAAAUGGAGUUGAGUGUCUUCUGCCCUGGCAGCAGCUGCGUGCUAAGGGCAGAGCAGCUCCAGCCCUGCUACUGCUCGCUUGCUCGCCUGACUCAUCAUAACUCCGAGAACCAGAGAGUUGUUGGGAAGCACUGUCAUCAUUCACUCCCUCCACAGCUGGGUCCUCAGAGCCAGAGCUAUCAAAACAGCCUACAUGAUGUCCAUUGGACAACAGACCACUGCUUCCUGGUACUGGGGUGAUCUCCCGCAUUCUGACAACGUAAAGCAAACUUGAUUAUUGCUCUUGAGACGCAAGAUGGGUCUAAAGUAUGCAGUGCAGGUAGACACCGAUGAUCCGUGAUGACUCUCGACACUUGUCAGUCAUCUUAGAUUUAUUGCGCUGAACUGGCUCACUGUGAAUUUCCUUAAAGUUUGAUGUCUGGAGCCUCAUUGUAUUUGGGUUUUGAGAGGCAUUUCUGUACUGCGUACAUAAUCUAUGCUCUUGGUCACAGAAUGGAUGUUUUAAGAACAGGAUAGGAAUGAUUUUGUUCAUAAGUGUUCUGAUUUAUUUUGUUACAUGCAGUAGAGAUACUAAAGGUUGAAGGGUUGAUCAAGUAAAACAAUAGAGAAAUCUCUGCUUAUUUCAAUUUCCAUUUAAGAAAGUAACAAACUGCAAUAUUCGCUUUGAGAAGAAGUAGGUGGGCACUUAGGACUUGUCUCCAGCAGAGUUGAAGACAGUUUAGCUCCCACAGUGCUGCGGAUCCCAGCACAAUCCCAGUGCGGUCUCCUUCCCCUGGCUGCACCUUACACUUGGUGUCCAUGUGUAGAACAGACUUUUAUAAAGGCUGGGAUGGGAAGGGAUGCUCUGCCAGUGUCUUAGUCCUUGCAGCACAUGGAUUUAUUUUGUAUUUUAUUCUGUUCUCAGAAUACUAAAACUAGUUAAAAUGUUAUAAAGUGCUUAUUCAGGAGACAAGAAUAGUAUUUGUUUAAUCAAGUAUAUUAUCAUAUUGAACUUUCUGCUAGUUCGUUUGUAUCCUUGAAAAACAAAAACUAAAGCCCCUGGCUGUAGUUUUGCUCUGAGAAAACCUUCUUAGUAAAGAUAGGCUUUGACAUGGAGAUUUAGUGUUUGUGUUAGCUAAACCUGCUCUGCUUUCUGUUCAGGAGAAAAUAUUUGGCUUCCAAAAUAUUUAGCUCUUGGUGAUAGUACCCAAAGAUAAUGGGAACGUGUUUGUCUGUGUACUUGUUGGUAAUUGCACUAGUCAGCUCAGAAUUUAGUACCUUGACUCUCUAGUAGAGGUCCAGGUGUGUUCCUGUUAGCCACCUAUCAUGUGUGCUCUUCUGUAAAAGCAGUAGGGUAUGGCAAAGGCGUGCUGGCAGUGCUGCCCAGAAGGUUUCCUUUAAGAACCCACAGGUAAAGCCUUGGGAUAUUAAAGGCUCUGCCUUUGCACUGGUCUUGGAUGUAUCCCUCUCUGCCCACCUGGGAAGCUUUAAGGCUUGUUGGCUUUAAUUCUUUUUGUGAAGAGUGGCUCAUUUCAUUUUUAAUUUAUAACAUUACAAAAGAAGGACAAAGAUUAGGUGUAGAGUAUGUAUUUAUUGUCAGUUCUCAAACAGCAUGUAAAUAUAGUGAGUGUGCUAUAAGGAAGUUUGCAGUGCCUUAAGUUAAAGGGAGUACAUUGUUUCAACUUGUAGAUAAUGACUUUGCUUAUGAUUAAAAUGUAUGUAAAUAAAGUCUACCCAAACAAA